AUGGAGGUUUCAUACAUCAACUCCUCCGUGAUCUUCCUCUCCCACAGACCCCUAAACGACACCGCCGGUGAGAAGACGGUGUAUGAGAGUUGCAAAGACAUGCCUGCUGUUCUCAUUUGGUACCUGGUCCUGCAGUUCAUCAACAUGUUCCUGGGCAUCCCGGCCAACCUCAUGGUGCUGUGGCUCAUCCACAGGAACAAAGGGGACUCCUCUACCUCAGAUAUCUUCAUCUCUCAUCUGGCCGUUUUAGACAUUCUCUUCUGUCUCACCCCUCCACUUGAGCUGGCCAACAUCGUCUUCCUCAACACCACCAGCACGUGGUACGUCCUGCGCUUCUUCUACGGCAUCAAAGACUCCUCGCCUCUCUUUCUCUCCUGCAUCUGCCUGGACCGCUACGUGGCCGUGGUCCACCCCAUCACCUUCACCGAGCUCAAGGACCGUCAGCACCGAGCAGUCCUGGCCAUCCUCGUCUGGCUGAUCACUCUGGCGUACGCCGCCGCUAAAUGCGUGGGAAACAUAUUCAACUUCGAGAAGGUCUUCAUGGCAAUGAUCCUGGCGGCGUUCGCCUUCAUGGUGUUCUGCAACGUAUCGAUCCUCUGGGCGCUGAGGCAGUCUGGGCCCGGCAGAGAUGAGAUGCAUCCUGUGAAGAAGAGAGCCUUCAAGAUGGUCCUCAUCAUCCUGACCAUCAUAGUGUACAACUACUUCCCCCCUAUCGCACUGCUCCCCUUCCAGCAUUACUUCUCUGCCGACGUGUUUCAUUGCUACAUUCACUAUGUCGCAUUCGGCUUGAUGGACUUCAGCAGCAGCAUUCAGCCGAUGCUUUAUCUGUCCAAGGAAAAGCUCAACUGCUGUCAAAUUGGCGCGACCGAAAUACCAUAG